GGUGCCGCUCCGGGGUAGCGCGCAUGCACCGAUUGGAGGGGCAAGAGCCACGCACGCAACACAGCCCGGGUAGAGGGUUCCCGUUUUUAUCAGCGAACGAAGCCGAGCGUCCGAAGCGGAUAUAGUCGAGAUGACCAAGCGGCUGGAGACCGUCGCCACCAUGACCUGCAUGAAAACCUUGCUGAUGCUGUUCAACUUCGUCUUCUGGGUGUCGGGGAUGCUGAUGCUGUGUAUCGGCAUAUGGAUGCGCAUCCAACUGCGGGAUUACGUGAACCUGAGCGCGGAGGGCAGCAGCGCGGCUCUCUUGGCCCUCUCGAGCUUAGGCUCGGUAUUGGCACUCGCGGCGACGCUCGCGUGUUGCUGCACCGCGCGCGGCCAUCCAGCUCUGUUAUACCUGUACGGCGCGUUCUUGGCCGUCGUGGCAUUGCUGGAGCUUGGCGCGGGCGCAUCGGUGUAUGCUUACCGUACGAGCCUGAACGAAGGAUUCGACCAAAGUCUGAACCAGAGCAUGGCCGCCUACAGGCCUGGGCAGGACAAUGACGCCAUGAGUGGUCACAUCGACUCGAUGCAGUCGACCUUGCAUUGUUGCGGCAAUCGCGGCUACGCCGAUUGGCUCCGCAUGUAUCCGCCGAAGGAGAUCCCUCAGUCCUGCUGCAAGGUGUCCAAGUGCGAUCCGAACAACGUCGAUCAAAUCUUCACCGAGGGAUGUUACAAUCGCGUGUUGGACUUCCUGAACGCCAACAUCGGUCUGGUAGCCGGCACGGCGAUCGGCGUGGCCUUCUUCCCACUGGUGGGCGUCUUCUUGGCCUGCUGCCUGGCCAGCAACAUCAACAAGGCUGAGUACGAGCAGGUUGCUUAGGCUUGGCAUUCGCGCAAGCAGCAACGGCGGUCCUAUCUGAAAACAAAACCCGCGUCGCUAGCGACAACCGCGAACGUAUUUAACGGCAGCACGAAAAUGAUCGCGAUGGAAGCGACCGGCCAUUUUGCCGCUUGAACUUCAACCGGAGGCCUCGAUGAGGGAAUCGGGCGACUCUGUCGUUCGUCGAAGGCCGUUGUUCCCAGCAAACAACAUGAUGACGUAUUAUGAAUGUCGAGUGACGUGUCGAAGACGAUGUCGCAGACAUCAUUAUUGAGUCACUAUGUUUGGUGGGUUUGUAACGAAAACAAGUUCGACGAACAAUGGAUUUGCGCCCUCCCCGCAUUGAUUCCUUCGAUUCUCACUUAAAAACGUCCGCGAUUGAUCGACAUCAUGAUCUACAUUGUCGUAUUAACGAGCGUAAUGAGUUUUUCCAAAGAAAACUUGUCGUUCGAAUCAGUAGUCUUUCGUUGAGAUUAUAUUUGUUUCAUGACCGUUACAGAAAUAUAACUCUAGUUUUCUCGUGCGCUUCGGUUUCACAUGAGAACGUGUUCGAAUGUGCUUCGCAUGACAAUUUAAAAACAAGUCUUGAUCUCGAGGAAUCCGCGAGCUCUCAAUGGGAUCGCGGAAGAUACGGAAUUGCAAGCGAGUCCUUCGUUCAGAUUAUAUUUAAAAAAAAAAUCAUGGGCGCGUUGAGAAAUAUAUUUUAGAAUUAAUAAGUUUUCGAAAAAAAGAAAAAAAUAGGAAGCAUAGUUGUUUUGAUCGCUAGACGGAAUUGAACGCGACGCAUUGAAUUGAGUGAAUUGAAUGACGACACAUUUCCUCGCAUGAAAGGGUCGAACCGUGUUGCGAUACGCGAGAGUACGACUGGUGAUUUUGUGGGCCGACAUAUAUUAGAAACGUGAUUGCUGUUGCUUUCGGAAGAAGCAUUUUCUGCUAUUAUCGUAUAUCGAACCGAGUGCAAAAUUGGAUCACAGCAUCGGGUGGGUAAAACUCAACAAAAGUCGAACGAUCAAACAUCACGUAGGUAGAAGAAGAACCGCUAGAAAUACAGAAUUGUAUCGAUAGCGCGGGUUGUUACGUCUUCGUUACGAUCGAUCGGAUCGUAACGCGAAGAAUUCGCGCGGCAGAGCGGCAGGCUUAUUUAACAAACGCCUGUUCACGAUGACAGGCGCGAG